AUGAAUCAGCAAAUGAUAAAGAAGAGAAGCCUCACUUCAGGCAACAGGUGCAUGACAAGAUCUAGGUUGAACUUGCCACCUCUGGUCAUUUAUCAGGAAUUAAACAGCUGUGAUAAGGAGGAUGACAUGUAUCAGGUGUUCCAAAAGCUCUCUGCACUUCAUGACAAUUUGCAAGAUCCCCUGAAGGAACUGCUGCUUCGGUGUGCUUGUGAAGACCAAGAAAAACGUUAUAAGAUCUCCUACUUUAACAUAUUUAUGGCGAAUAAAGACCUACCGCAAGAGGCUUCCUGUUCACCACAGCCAGACCACAUGCCCCUAAUAAAAAGGUUUUUUUCCAACAAGAUUGCCAAGGAGCAUAAAGCCUUCGGAGUGUACAGACAGGAUGCCCCAUUGGCAACUGUAAUUGCAAGAUGGACACCCAACAGUAUGUCAGGCCACUAUGACAAGCAAUCAGUUAUUCAAGAGCUUGCAAAAUUUGGUGAUAUUGAAUCAGUGACCCCUUUUGGAAGGCAAACAGUCAUCGUCAUAUUCAAAGAAAUCUGCUCUGCAUGCAAAGCAGUGAGCGCUUUCCCACCUGAUUGUCCAGAGAGAGGUAUGCGAUGUUUUUGGCAUCACAAAUUCAUGUCCAAGUAUAAAAGAUCGAAAUUCCAAAAAACAAAAAGCUUUGUGACAUUAGCAGCAACUGUGUCAUCAGUACAUUAA